AUGCAGUCUGGGAGUCGUAGUCCCAGGAGGAGGCUACGCAAGCGCAUAGGCUACGAUUCCGCCCGUUCUGUCCUCCGACCUGGAGUCCGUUUCACGUCAGGAGCGACAGAGCCAGAAGUUGACCCUCCUGUGAGGACCGUGACCCCCCUCCCACCAAGCCCGGGUGCCCCUGCAUCUCCCGCCACUGUGCCUUUGCCCCUGCCCAGUGCUCAGCGCCUCCUCCUCACGCCUCUCCUCUGCUUCUGCAGCUCUCCGUGGACUCGGAGCAUGGAGGAAGAGGGGAUGCCGGAGCGCAGGGCCGCCUGGCCCCAGGAGCCGCUGACGUUCCGGGACGUGGCCGUGCACUUCACCUGGGACGAGUGGCGCCGCCUGGGCCCGGCCCAGAGGAGCCUCUACCGGGAGGUGAUGCUGGAGACCUUCGAGCACCUCGUGGCGCUGGGGCUUCCCGUGGCGAAACCAGACGUGCUCUCCCGCCUGGAGCAGGGGGAGGCCCCCAGAGACCCCCAGCCAGGUGAGUGGGGGAAGGGCGGGCGUCAAGGCGGGGCUUGUACCCUCGAACACUUGCUGAGGAGUUCGGGAGCCGGACGGGAGGCUCAGCCGAAGGGCCAUCCUGCCGAGGACGCUUCGGCCAUCUGCGGCCCCCGAAGAAACCGCAGGGAGGCUGGUCGGGGGCCCCCAGGAUGGCCCGUUCUCUUCGGACCCUCGGGCUCUUCUUCGAGCACCAACGCCUCCCCCCUCCCCCCUCCCCCCUCGAGCGGGGCCUUUCCAGAGCUGCCGGUGCCGGCCGGUUUCCUGUGGGCUGGCCUCCUCCUCCUCCUCCUCCCUCUGGGGAAAGCUGGCCUCUGGUUGCUGCCGGGCCUGCCCGGGCCUCUGCGCCUUUCUUCCAAAUCUGCCCCUUGGCCGAACUCCUCGUCCUUUUCCGAGGGUCCGCCGGAGCCCUCCAAGCCCCCGUCACGGCUCCGCCCAAAGUCGGCGUCCUGGCGGGGGCUCGUCCCCUCCCCGGUGCGCCUCUCGCUCCUCGAGACGUCUCCGGCCGUCAUCUGGUGGGAAUCGGCGCCCCGGCAGAGACCCCCUUCCCGGCGUGGGUCCCUUUGCCACGAACAGCAACAUGACACCAAGGACCCAGCUGUGCAUCAGGCCAUUCACCUGAGAGCAUCCUCCCAGGAGAGACGACAGGAGUGGGAGUGUAAACUGAGUUCACAUCACAAAAUUUAUAUUGAACAAAAACUCUUUGAAUGUAAUGAAUGUGGGAAAAACUUCAGCCAAAGGUCAUCCCUUAUUUCACAUCAGAGAAUUCACACUGGCAAUAAACCCUUUGAAUGUAAGGAAUGUGGGAAAGCCUUCUACAACAAAUCUCAGCUUACUGUGCACCAGAGAAUCCAUACAGGAGAAAAACCUUUUCAUUGUAAAGAAUGUGGGAAGAACUUUAGCCUGAAAUCAUCACUUAUUUCCCAUCAGAGAAUCCAUACUGGAGAAAAACCCUUUGAAUGUAGUGAAUGUGGGAAAAACUUUAGCCAGAGGUCAUCUCUUAUUUCCCAUCAGAGAAUCCAUACUGGAGAAAAGCCCUUUGAGUGUAAUGAAUGUGGGAAAAACUUUAGCCAAAGAUCAUCACUUACUUCUCAUCUGAGUAUUCAUACUGGAAAAAAAGCCUUUGCUUGCAGUGAAUGUGAGAGAGCCUUCUAUGACAAAUCUCAACUCAUUUUACACCAGAGAAUUCAUACUGGGGAGAAAACUUUUUUGUGUAAUGAAUGUGGGAAAGCCUUCUACAGAAGAUCUCAACUGACUGAACACCAGAGAAUUCAUACUGGGGAGAAACCCUUUGAGUGUAUUGAAUGUGGAAAAAAUUUCACUGUAAGGUCAUCACUUGUCCAGCACCAGAGAAUUCACACUGGAGAGAAACCCUUUGAGUGCACUGAAUGCGGGAAAGCCUUCUACAACAAAUCUCACUUUUCUGAACACCAGAGAAUUCAUACCGGAGAGAAACCUUUUGAGUGUGCAGAAUGUGGGAAAAACUUCAGCCUAAGGUCAUCACUUAUUUCACAUCAGAGAAUUCAUACUGGAGAGAAACCCUUUGAGUGUAAUGAAUGUGGAAAAAACUUCAACCAGAGGUCAUCUCUUAUUAAACACCAGAGAACCCAUACUGGGGAGAAACCCUUUGAAUGUACUGAUUGUUGGAAAAACUUUAGCUGGAAGUCAUCCCUUAUUUCACAUCAGAGAAUUCAUACAGGAGAGAAACCCUUUGAGUGUGAUGAAUGUGGAAAAGCCUACUACAACAAAUCUCAGCUUACAGUACAUCAGAGAACUCAUAGUGGAAGGAAAUCUUUUGAGUGUAAUGAAUGUGGGAAAAACUUCAGUGAGAGGUCAUCAUUUCUUAAACAUCAGAAAAUUCAUACAGGAAAGAAACAUUUUGAGUAUAAUGAAUUUGGAAACUCUAUCAUAUAUUGCACACCAGAGAAUUCUUUCUGGGCAGGAACCCUUUAA